AUGUCCAGAAGGCUUAAGAAGACACAUCUCUUUAGUAAAGAUGUAUCUGCUCUAAUGUAUGCAUAUGGGGACGUCCCCCAACCGCUUCCAGAGUCUGUUCAUUGUUUGGAUGAAUUGGUAUCUAGUUAUCUGGUAGAUAUAUGUAUGUCAGCUUAUAGAACAGCCCAAACGGUACAUAGGAACAAGAUUAAGGUAGAAGACUUCAAGUUUGCGCUGCGAAAUGAUGAAGUGAAGUUAGGAAGAGCGGAAGAACUGAUCAAAUUGAGUAAGAUUAUCACGGAUGCUAACAAAUUGUUCAAAUCGUCAGAGGGGAAAAUGGCGAAAAGAGCCAAAGGUAUGGGCGAGUUCAACGACGACGAUGGCGAGGACGAUGCAGACGAUGACCAGGAUAACGAAAGAGGGGACUCGAAAAGUGAAAAGAAGGAACCGGUAAAAAAAAGAAGAAAGACAAAGAAAAAGGGUCAGGACGAGACCCAAUGA